AAAGAUCUUAUCUUCCUCUUCUGAAGGACUUCUAAAAAAGGAGGUUUCUUUUAUCUUCCUUUCUUUCUUCCUCAAAUUUUCUCAUCAUCCAAACAAAACCAAAUGAAGCAACUUCAAAAACCAAUUUAUCAACAUUGAAUAAAAAGAGAAUAUGGCACUCUCUACAACAACUGCAAGAUUAACAGAAUUACCACUGAGAAACUCACUCCCACUCUUCUCCUCUAAAACCCCUAAAAAACCCUCUUUUCACCCUCUCAACAGACCUUUCUCUUCUUCUUCUUCUUCUUCUUCUUCUUCUUCUUCACUUGGAACCAACCAAAACCCUAAACCUAAUAACCCCAAGUCCCCCUGGCUCUCCAAGUGGGCCCCUCAUAGCUCUCCUCCUCCUACUGUGAAAACCUCUCCAAAACUCGCUCAGGAUAAAAAGAUUCAGUCUUUGACUAAAGACAAAGGUCAAAAUGCAAUUGAGAGAAUCGUUCUCCGAUUGAGGAACUUAGGAUUAGGAUCGGACGAUGAAGAAGAAGAAGGAGAUAUGGAGUAUAAACCCAAUGGUGGAGAUUCAAUUGCAGUAACAGGAGAGGAAAGAUUAGCAGAUUUAUUACAAAGAGAAUGGGUUAGACCAGACACAAUCUUCAUUAAAGAUGAUGAAGAAGAUGAUAAUGAUGACUUGGUGUUGCCAUGGGAAAGGAAGGAAAAGGUAAGAAGAGAGGGAGAGAAAGAGGAGGGAGAGAGGGAGAGGAGAAGAGUUGUUAAAGCUCCGACAUUGGCGGAAUUGACAAUUGAAGACGAGGAAUUGAGGAGGUUAAGGAGAAUGGGAAUGUUUUUAAGAGAGAGAGUAAACGUCCCGAAAGCUGGACUUACUAAGGAAGUUGUUGAAAAGAUUCAUGAUAAAUGGAGAAAGAAUGAGUUGGUUAGGCUAAAGUUUCAUGAGGUGUUAGCUCAUGAUAUGAAAACUGCCCAUGAGAUUACUGAGCGUCGAACAGGAGGAUUAGUUAUAUGGAGGGCAGGAAGUGUCAUGGUUGUGUACCGUGGUAGUAGUUAUGAAGGGCCUCCAUCUAAAACUCAACCAGUUAAUAGAGAAGGAGAUGCUCUUUUUAUCCCGGAUGUUUCUUCUGCUGGCAGUGAAACAAUGAAAGGUGAUAAUGUUGCACCUUCGGCUGCAGAAAAGAGGGAACUGGCUAUGAGAAGAUUGGACCAUAGUAAGGAUAUGACAGAAGAGGAAAUUGAAUAUGACAGCUUCCUAGAUAGUCUUGGCCCUCGUUUUGAAGAGUGGUGGGGCACUGGAAUACUACCAGUGGAUGCUGACCUACUUCCUCCCAAAAUUCCUGAUUAUAAAACACCUUUCAGGCUUCUUCCUACUGGAAUGAGAUCUAGGCUUACAAAUGCAGAGAUGACUAAUUUGCGGAAACUCGCUAAAAAACUUCCUUGUCAUUUUGCCCUUGGGAGAAACAGAAAUCAUCAAGGAUUGGCAUCUACAAUACUCAAGGUUUGGGAAAAAAGCUUAGUUGCAAAGAUUGCUGUGAAACGAGGAAUCCAGAAUACGAAUAAUAAACUAAUGGCUGACGAGUUGAAGAUGUUAACGGGAGGUGUCUUAUUGCUCAGAAACAAGUAUUACAUUGUCAUAUACCGGGGAAAGGAUUUUUUGCCAACAAGUGUAGCUGCUGCUUUAACAGAGAGACAAGAAUUAACAAAAAAGAUUCAGGAUGUUGAAGAGAAAGUUCGAAGCAGAGAAAUAGAAGCAGUCCCAUCCAAGGAAGAGGAGGGUAAGCCACUUGCAGGUACCUUAGCAGAGUUUUAUGAGGCUCAAUCUCGGUGGGGAAAAGAUACAUCUGCUGAAGAUCGUGAAAAGAUGAUUGAAGAUGAUACCAGAGCAAAAAGGGCCAGAAUAGUCAAACGAAUUGAACAUAAAUUAGCUGUUGCUCAAGCCAAAAAGCUUAGGGCAGAAAGACUAUUAGCCAAGAUAGAAGUCUCUAUGCUUCCUUCUGGUCCUGAUUAUGACCAAGAAACAAUCACUGAUGAGGAAAGGGCAGUGUUCCGUAGAAUCGGCUUAAGAAUGAAAGCAUACCUGCCCCUUGGCAUUCGUGGUGUUUUUGAUGGUGUCAUUGAGAAUAUGCAUUUGCACUGGAAGCAUAGAGAACUCGUGAAGCUAAUAUCCAAACAAAAGACACUUGCAUUUGCUGAAGAUACAGCUAGGUUGUUGGAGUAUGAGAGUGGAGGGAUACUUGUGGCAAUAGAAAGAGUACCUAAAGGAUUUGCCCUUAUUUACUAUCGCGGAAAGAAUUAUCGGCGGCCUAUUAACUUGAGGCCAAGAAAUCUUCUGACGAAGGCAAAAGCAUUGAAGCGUUCUGUUGCCAUGCAACGCCAUGAGGCUCUUAGUCAGCACAUAUCCGAAUUGGAAAGAACAAUUGAGCAAAUGAAGAAAGAAAUUGGUCUUUCUCCUGAAGAUGAUGAGGAUAAUUGGACCUCAGAGGAACAUGGCCAAAUAAAUGAUAUUUCAGAAUUCACCAAAAGUGAGGAUGAAGCUUCAUAUUCUAUGAAUGUGGAGAGCGAGGAUGAAGCUUCAUUUUCUAUGAAUAUGCAGUGCGAAGAUGAGGCUUCAUUUGUUGGAUCUGAUGAGGACGAGGAUGAUGAUGACAGUGUUGAUGACGAAAUUGAUCUGGAAGCCAAUGGAAAAUUUGAAGUUUUGGGCUUUCAAAAUGACCACACUGUAAAUAGAAGUGGUUGACAAGUCUUUGGAUUUUAAAGAGACUGGUUGACUUUUUACCCUUGCAAUUUUCCAGUAUAGGUUGUCUCAGCAGUACGAAUGAUUCUCGAGGACAAUCUGGACGAGCUUAUUACACUCCAAUUGUGAGGCAAUCGAAUGGAUGGCUUAGGUUUGCCUACUUGCUGCAGUGCACGUGCACCCAUCCUUCACGGCAAGUUGAUCGAUACUUUCGUGUUCUGCGAACUUGGUGUUUGUCUGCAGUUUGGUUUUCUUUUUUCAUAAUCAGCGGUAAAUGUGGGGUGUUUCGUCUGUCUAAAGCCAAAUCUCAGGAAACCACAAUAGGUGUCCACUUUUAACCAAGAUAAAGAAACGUUAUUGAAGCCUAUUAAGAAAAGAUGACAAAUGGCUCCUUUCAUACUUGGUAGUUGAUGGACUAAAUCAUAAUUGUAAUCCGUAUCGUUUGUGGUAAAACAGUUGUUAUUUCAGAUGCCUUGAUACCCUCAUUAAGCAAUAUCCUUCUGCAUCUGAUUUGUUAUUUUAAAAAAUUGCAUUGUAUUGUCAAUAUUACUGAAUUUUAAGAAUGAAUUGAUAUCUGAGUUCUGAUGGUAA